CUCACAAUAUUGUCGAAUUAUUCGGACGCGGGUUGUGGUGCAAUACCAUGCACAGGUGGAGGCGUGACCGCUAUAUAUAGAGAUAACACUCAUAGGUCCACAUUGUCUAGUGCAUUCAUCAUUUGAACCCGACAUGAAGACCAUUAUUGUACUUUCCUUAGUCGCUGUGGCCCUUGCCGGCCCGCAGUCGCCGGAGCCAAUCCCGAUUUUACGCCAAGACAGCAAUAUCAACCCAGACGGAUCAUUCCAGUACUCAUACGAAACCGGUAACGGAAUCUCCGCUGCUGCGAACGGAGCAGUCAGGAAUAUCGGUGCCGAGAAUCCCGCCCUCCAAAUCCAGGGGGAGUUCCAAUAUCCCGGCGAUGACGGAAAGCCCAUUGGCCUGAGCUACACAGCUGACGAGAACGGCUACGUUCCUCAAGGAAGCAUACUCCCCACUUCUCCCCCAAUCCCCGCUGACAUCCAGCGCGCUUUGAACUAUCUCGCCACAGCGCCUCCCCAGCCUCAACAAUAGACUGAAAUCUUUAAUACCUAGGUACAAUAUUAUUAGAACCAACAAUACUCAAACAUAAAUCUAAUAAUGAUACUUGAACAUUCAAGCUAAAAGUAAACAUUGUUAAGGUUCGAAACACACUAAGAUUCAUGACCACACUUAGAAUGGUAUUGAAAAGAUGCAAUAAUUUAAGUAAAGAAAACUGUGAUGCAAGCUUAAUAUCUUGACAGAGCAUGUAAUAGACAAAAACAUUACUAGAGACGCUGGAAAAAUACCCGAUUAUAAGGAAAAAUACCGUUUUCCUGUCUUUAUGCACAAUAUUGUUAUCAAAGAGUUAAUUCAGUCUAAGCUGCGCGAAUGUUCGUGAAUUGAUAUUUAUGGAAAAAAAUAUUAUAACAGUAACUUUUAAACACCAUUUUUGGUCGUGUGCUUGUUUGUUUAGUGUGCUUCAAGUUUAAAAACGUCGUGAAACAUGAAGUCUGAUAGAGCUCUAGUGAGCUAAAGGCUAUGAUUAAUGUAAUGUGAGGGAAACAAUGAAUUGUAAUUUUAAGAUAAUUUUGAGCAAUGAUGUUUCCGAAGAAUAUUAUUGAAAUUUUGGUACAUAACUGAUUGAUUUUAUAAAUCAACAAAUUGUGUUUGAUAAUUUUUAUACAUACUUUUUUGUACAACAUUAUGCAAAUGUUUUAUACCAAAA